UUGAGCCACCAAUGACCCAGGAGGUGGUAAUCAGAGCGGCUUCCCUUCCUUUGCAGCUCAGGGAUUCUGAAUUUACAAGCUCCCCAGAGCCUGUUGGCAGGCUGUGAUCAGCUCUGUCGGUAACCAGCAGUUUGCUGGUGCUGCCCGAAAGUGAUGUCCUGAACAAGAGCGGAGAGUGCAGAGCUCGCCACCGGGCAGCAGCGUGCCCUGGGGACCCAGAGGAGGAGCUAGCCCUUUACCCCUCGGCCAGGGAGAGAGAGCAAGGGAGCUGGCGACCCAGAUAGAACCUGUUGCUCAGGCCGGGCUUGGCUUCUGCUUUCAACGCGGCUGGGACUCUUGGCCACCAGCAGGUCCACUAUGAGCAGGAAAUGGGACUCAAACUCUUCAGAAAACUGGAAUCACACCUGGAGUAGCAAUGACACACAGCAUCCCUGGUACUCUGAUAUCAACAUCACCUAUGUGAACUAUUAUCUUCACCAGCCUCAAGUGGCAGCGAUCUUCAUUAGUUCCUACUUCCUGAUCUUUUUCCUGUGCAUGGUGGGAAAUACUGUAGUUUGCUUUAUUGUAAUAAGGAACAAACACAUGCACACUGUGACUAAUUUCUUCAUCUUAAACCUGGCAAUAAGUGAUUUGCUGGUUGGAAUAUUCUGCAUGCCUAUCACAUUGCUGGACAACAUCAUAGCAGGAUGGCCAUUUGGAAGCAGCAUGUGCAAGAUCAGUGGGCUGGUGCAGGGAAUAUCAGUCUCCGCUUCAGUCUUUACCUUGGUUGCCAUAGCCGUGGACAGAUUCCGGUGUGUGGUCUACCCCUUUAAGCCAAAGCUCACUAUCAAGACAGCAUUUGUCACUAUUGUGAUCAUCUGGGGCCUGGCCAUCGCCAUUAUGUCUCCAUCUGCAAUAAUGUUACACGUACAAGAAGAAAAAUACUACCGUGUGAGACUGGGCUCCCACAAUAAAACCAGCACAGUCUACUGGUGUCGGGAGGACUGGCCGAACCAGGAAAUGAGGAGGAUCUACACGACUGUGCUGUUUGCCACCAUCUACCUGGCUCCGCUGUCCCUCAUUGUUGUCAUGUAUGCACGGAUUGGGACUUCCCUCUUCAAGACUUCAGCAAAUUGCUCCGGAAAGCAGCGCCAGGAGCAGUGGCAUGUAUCCAAGAAGAAACAGAAGGUCAUCAAGAUGCUGUUGACUGUGGCCCUCCUUUUUAUGCUUUCCUGGCUGCCCCUAUGGACUCUGAUGAUGCUCUCAGACUAUGCUGACCUGUCUCCUAACAAACUGCGUGUCAUCAACAUCUACAUCUACCCCUUCGCCCACUGGCUUGCCUUUUGCAACAGCAGUGUCAACCCCAUCAUUUAUGGUUUCUUUAAUGAAAAUUUUCGCAGUGGUUUCCAAGACGCAUUCCAGAUCUGCCAAAAGAAAACCAAACCCCAGGAAGCCUAUGUCCUAAGAGCUAAAAGCAACAUGGUCAUAAACACAUCUGGCCUGCUGGUCCAGCAACCUGCAUCUCAAAACCUAGGUGGGGAACAUUUGAUAUGUGGAAAAAGUGCUGAAAAUCCCACACAGGAAUCCCUGGUGGAAGACAUGAGAGAAGCUACUAAUAGUACUGAGGUUUAAAAAGAGCUCAGGGAAGGGAGGGACAGUGUUAUGUAGUAUAUGAGUAUGGAUAUGUCUUUAAAUACUGCUUAGUGUGGCUUUGCAUUUCUAAUAUUCUGGUGAAAGCCCAUUUUGUCAAAAAUCUGAAGGUAUAAAAAUGGCCUUCCUAAC